CGAAAUCUACUCAUUCUUAAAGAAAGUUAGAUGGCCUUCUAGCAUUCUCCGAGAAGGUGUCAAGGCUAAAGCUGCAUUCAAUAUCUUCCUUUAUAUCCUUGCAAGCCAUGCUCAUUUGGUACAGUGCAUCGUGCUGAAUGGCAUGGAUCGGAGAAUGGUUAGUUGGAAUGUUAGUUUUCUUUUGGAGCUGUCAGCUUUUGGAGCCAUUGCAGAGCCCUCUACCUAAUCGCUUGUUUACCUUUGGGGCAAUACCAAAUGUGAGGGCCAAAGGGAGAGCAUCAGUACGUGUUGCUGACAUUCUAAAUCAUUUGCAAACAGAGGAACCUAUUAACUCAAAUGAUAUGGUUGUGCCAGAGAUAAAUACACUCAUUCUUAUAUUUAGGGAGGUGGACGUGGUCACUCCCAUGUGUUCUCAGUUGAAAUAUGAAGGUGUUAGGGCCCGAGAAUCCUGUUACAAUAAUACCAGCAUACACAAAGCUAACAGCUAACACAGCACA